GGCUCUUUUGUCCCUUCUUUCCCCGGCCUCGGGGGCCCGGUUCCAUCAGGCACUCAGGGCUGUAGGUGGGCCCUAGUAGAAAUUGCCGGAGCCUUGGGGGCGAGGACCGUUUCUUCCCCCCGUUCAGUUCUGCAGGAGGAGAGAAGCUUCAAACCUUAGGCUGGUGAUUCUGGAUGCUGCAAGACAAACCUAGUUUCUCAUGUUCUCUUUUCCAUCUUAGUCAUCUAAGAACACUGCCAUUUCCCAACAGAAGAGCCAAGAAAAGGAUAGAAUGGCUCUUGACCUUAAAACCAUGUACCAGGAGUUGGUGACCUUUGGGGAUGUGGCUGUAGACUUCUCCCAAGAGGAGUGGGAUUGUCUAAAUUCUUCUCAAAGGCAUCUGUACAGUAAUGUGAUGUUGGAGAACUACAGGAUCUUGGUAUCACUGGGACUUUGUUUCUCUAAGCCAAGUGUGAUAUUAUUGUUGGAACAAGGAAAAGAGCCCUGGAUGGUGAAGAAAGAGCUGGCAAAAGACUUGUGCUCAGGCUGGGAAUCUGUGUGUGAGAGUGAAGAAUUAACCCCAAAGCAGGACAUUUGUGAAGCACAGUCAUCCCAGAAGAUAAUAGUAAACUUUAAAAGCUGCGGUCUUGAGUACUCCAAUUUGAGAGAGGAAUGGAAAUGUGAGGGCCAUUCUGAGAGGCAACCAGUGAAUCAGAAGUCAUAUUUCAAAGAAGAGACAAUUACUAAUGAAGGAGCCCUUAUUUAUGAAAGAGGACAAGAAUAUAACAAAUCUUGGCAAAGUUUCCAUCUGAACACACUGCUUCAUUCACAACAGAUAGCUUCAAAAGAGGAGAAAGUACAUAAACAUGAGACACAUAAGAAAGGCUUUAAAAAUAACUUAGUGGUUAUUAAACCCAAGAAUAUAUAUACAGAGAAGAAACUUUUGAAAUGUAAUGACUGUGAAAAAGUUUUCAGCCAAAGCUCAUCCCUUAUUCUCCAUCAAAGAAUUCAUACUGGGGAGAAGCCCUAUAAAUGUGUAGAAUGUGGGAAAGCCUUUAGCCAGAGAUCAAAUCUUGUUCAACAUCAAAGGAUUCAUACUGGAGAGAAACCCUAUGAAUGUAAGGAAUGCAGGAAAGCAUUCAGUCAGAAUGCACACCUUGUUCAACAUCUGAGAGUUCAUACUGGAGAAAAACCUUAUGAAUGUAAGGUGUGUAGAAAAGCCUUCAGCCAGUUUGCCUAUCUUGCUCAACAUCAGAGAGUUCAUACUGGAGAGAAACCCUAUGAAUGUAUUGAAUGUGGGAAAGCAUUUAGUAAUAGAUCAUCCAUUGCUCAACACCAGAGAGUUCAUACUGGUGAGAAACCUUAUGAAUGUAAUGUGUGUGCAAAAGCAUUUAGCCUUCGGGCAUACCUUACUGUACAUCAGAGGAUACAUACUGGAGAGAGACCCUAUGAAUGUAAGGAAUGUGGGAAGGCCUUCAGUCAGAAUUCACACCUUGCUCAACAUCAGAGAAUUCAUACUGGAGAAAAACCUUAUAAAUGUCAGGAAUGUAGGAAAGCAUUCAGCCAGAUAGCCUACCUUGCUCAACAUCAGAGAGUUCAUACUGGAGAGAAACCCUAUGAAUGUAUUAAAUGUGGGAAGGCUUUUAGCAAUGAUUCAUCCCUUACCCAACAUCAGAGAGUUCAUACUGGAGAGAAACCUUAUGGAUGUAAUGUUUGUGGAAAGGCUUUUAGUUACUGUGGAUCCCUCGCCCAACACCAGAGAAUUCAUACUGGAGAGAGACCCUAUGAGUGUAAGGAAUGCAAGAAAACCUUUAGGCAGCACGCACAUCUUGCUCAUCAUCAAAGAAUCCAUCUUGGGUUGUCACUUACACCUAAUUCUGUCAAUCACCAAGUCCUAUAGAUCUGUUAUAAAUAUUUCAAGAAUUUAUAUAUUUUUCUCUAUCUUUAAUGUCACCCUAGUCCAUUUCACCUGGAUCACUGCUGUAGCUUUUCUAACAGGCUUUCCUGUAUCAAUUUUGCUUUCCUUAAAUUUAUUUCUCACCAUGCACCCAAAAUUACAUUUUUUAAUACAUACAUUACUGCCUCUAAUGAAAAUUUUUUGGCUUAUUAUUCUUAAUCUAACAUCUACAGUCUUUAAAAUUUUCAAUGAGGUACUUUAUUAUCUGGUUCUUAUGGACCUCUCAGCCUUAUUUUAUUUUAGGUUUCCUCUCUGGGCACUAAGCACUUCCCAGGAUGAAAAGCUUAGAUUAUAGAAAAUUAUAGCUCCAUCACUACUGUGUGUUAUGUGGCUUUGAGUAAUUUGAUUGACUUACCUAAACCUCAGGGUUUUCUUUAAUUUCAAAAUAGGGAUAAUAAAGGAUACUGUAAUUUAGAAAUGUCUGAAGUUAAAUAGUGUAUGUUGUAAAUUGAUACAUAUUAAGUAAGAAUUUUGCAUGUAAAGUACUUCAUACAAUGCAUUAAAUAUAGCCCACAUUCAGUAAAUGAUAGCUAAUAUUUAUUGAAUGCCUAUUUAUGCAUCAGGCAUAGUUAACAUAUAUUAACUCACUCCUCAUAUCUGAAACAAGUAGAACAUCCCUGGGAAGCAACCUAAAAAUUUUAGAGCAUAAGUGAAGUUUUUGUACUCUGGGUGAGUAAUCAAUAUAUACACAAAAAGUAGUAGAAAUAUAACACUUAUAACCAGUUUUAGGAAGUUUCCAGAGAGAAUGAAUUGGAUAAAUUUAAUUAAAAUAAAAUAAGUAUUUACUGAGAAUUACAGAGCUUACAUUUAGGUAAAGAAAAGAAUAGAGGAUCACAACUCUAAGCAAUAACAAAACAAGAUCCAUAAACCUAGAAAUUCAUACUGUCCCAUAAAAAGGCACCAGGCCCAGGUAAUUGUAUGGUUGAAUCUAGUUAAUUUCAAAGCUUUAAACUUUCAUGCUGUAGGAAUUAAGCAUAAUAUUUAUAAAUAUUUUUUAUCCAGUGAUUAUAAAAUUGAAUUUAAGAGAGGACUUAGGGAAGAAAACUACAUAUAUAUGUAUUUCAUUCAUUCAGUGAAUAUUGGAUAGCUACUAUUUGCUAGGUACUUACACUAUUAUAGGCAUGAGGAGACAAUGAUGAUCAAUACGAAGACCAUGUUCACACAGAGUAAAAUUACAGAGGCUGGAAGUGUUAAUACAUAGAUAUAAGCAUAGAUUUCCACAAUCAAAAGAUGGAAGAAUAAUGAGUAAAAUAAGAAGUAUUAUAUAGUCUAGACCAGUGAUGGCGAACCUAUGACAUGCUUGUCAGAUGUGACACAUGAACUCAUUUUUUUGGUUGAUUUUUCUUUGUUAAAUGGCAUUUAAAUAUAUAAAAUAAAAAUAAAAAAUAUAAGUCUUUGUUUUACUAUGGUUGCAAAUAUCAAAAAAUUUCUAUAUGUGAUAUGGCACCAGAGUUAAGUUAGGAUUUUUCAAAAUGCUGACACGCUGAGCUCAAAAGGUUCGUCAUCACUGGUCUAGACUCUAGACUGAAGAGACUGAAGAUAACAAAGUUGCCAGUUAUUCCUACUUCACAAAUUCAUUGCAUUUUGAACUAAAAUUUCUGAAUGGGCCUUUUGCCAUUUAUUUUCACAACUGUGUUCUGAAAUUCAUCUAUGAAGUAUGAAUUAUUAAGAAUGGGAAGAAAGUUCUUGAGAAUGAUCUGUUUGUAGAAAUUUUGCAUAUGAUGAAAAUGGUUCACACCAGUAAAGAAUGAAUAGAUUCCAGGAUAGUAUAAUAAUUGACUAUAGGCAUCACUAGUAGUAAGGGUAAAAUAAACAAAACCACAAUGAACUAUUUCAAGAUCAUCACAUUGACAAAAGCAUUACAUUGAUAAUGACUUAAAAUAUUUACAUCAUUGGAAUGUGAGUACAGUUGUAUUUGGAAGUAGUUGUGCUUAGAAUAAUUAGGCAAUAUCUAAUAAAGUUAAGGAUGUGGAUAUUCUGACCCAGCAAAUCCACUUAAACCUCUACAGCAAGCAUGUCAAAAUCAAAGGAUAACAUGGGCCAAAUAAACAAGGUUUAAGUUUGUUUAUUUAUGUGGGCAGAAAAAAAAAUGCUUCAAUUUUCAUAGAAACGCAGGUUUAUUUCAAUAGAGACAUGCUGAAUACAAAGAGCUGAAAUGAGUAAUCAUUAACAUAAAAUAAUAAAACAUUUUAAUAAAAAUCUUUUUUCUUGAACAUUAACUUUCCAGACACCUAGUAACUGCACAAAUUAAUAAGUGUAAUGCAAAUAAACCUAUUUUUCUUAUUCUCUGAAAGCAAAAUAUUUCCUGUUGUGCACACCAAACAAGUCAGUCUAAGACUAAUGACAUGGAAAAUUAGCUGCUAAAAUAUUUGCUGCUAGUAUUAGGAAAGAAAUGGUGCACCUGCGUGUAAAGGUGAGUAAGGGAAAUGAACGCAACACAAUUAUAGCAAUCAGUCAUUAGCGUACAUUGUAGUUCAUUAUUAAUAAUUAUGUAUAACAGGAUAUUGUAAAAAUUAAAUUACGAAAUUUUUACUAAAAUGUUUCUUACAUACCAUUAUAUUGGCUGGGCCACAAAAAUAUUCAUUGUGGGCCACAUGUGGCCUGCAGGCCAUGAUUUUGACAUGCUUGCUCUAUAGAAUCUGUCCUCAGGUGUUCAGGGAAAUGUACUUGAAAAUCCAUUUCAGUAUUGUUUGUGAGAAUGGAAGUUGAAAGUAACAAAAUAACCCAAGUUAAAGUUAAUGAACUAGAUAUACUUCUAUCAACAUGGACAAAUCUCAGAAACAAUGAAAUUGAAUCAGAGAAUUUUGUAUAACAUGGUACGACUUAUUUACAUAAUGUGCAAAUCAACACAUUUUUUCCUGUGCUAAAUACCAUAAAGAAAUAGUUAAAUAGCAUUUAUGGAAAUAAUCAUCAAAUUCAAAACAGUGUGACCUCUGGGGAGGGUGGAUAAUGAUAUUGAGGAAAGGAUGCAAAUAAUAAUUUCUUCAAAAUAUAAGCAAGUAUGGCCAAUUAUAAUUUGAUAAACCUGGUUAUGGGUUUGUUUAUAGGUAGGUUUUUACUCUCUGGACCCUUUGUACAUUUAAACUAUUUCAUAAU